CUAUAAAGAUUACAGUUCAGAUCUUGUUAGGACAUUUCAUUGCUGUUCUUUGAGUGACCUCGGUUCGAGAUUUUCCUGCGAGUGCGUACAGUGUUUUAGUUGAAUAUGCCGCGUUCGUUUCUCGUUAAGAACAAAAAGGAAGAGGAACUGUUGGAUGGCCCAGAACAUAAAAGUGCAUUUAGAGCUGUGAUGCCCAGAAAUUCAGAUAUGAACGUGCAGACACGAGACACAAAAAAUGACCAAGACAGUCAACCCGGGUCGACACAUCACACGUUUCUUCUUACGCCAACAGUUGUUGUGAAACGAGAACGUGAGCACGUGCAGCCCGCGGACGCACACGCUCAGACGCCACUCUCACCAACGAAACUAGACAGACAUAGCGAUUUGUCCGCCUUCAGUGUUUUCCGCCCUUGGUUGACGGAACCGAAGCAAGCUUCGCAAGGCACUCACCUAUGGCAACGCGAGCCUCUGGGUACCCUGUUACAGUCGCGUGAAUUCCGUCUGCGAUAUGGCGACUUCUACCGCUAUCACGUUAUGCACGGGCUGACGCAAAACCACCUUGACCUUUUCCCGUUCACCGCGCCCUUGUGGGCGGACCCACGGUUCCACCCUCACUUCGACAAGAAACCCUGGAACUGCGGCUUCUCCACAAGAGGCGGCAAACCCUCCUCCGGUGACGCGACCAGUGAGGCCACCUACGUCAAGGGCUCCUAUGAAUGCGUCAAGUGUCUGAAGCAGUUCAGCACGCCACACGGACUCGAGGUGCACGUGCGGCGCUCACACAGCGGGCGGCGUCCGUUCGCGUGCGACAUCUGCAACAAGACGUUCGGUCACGCCGUGAGCCUGUCGCAGCAUCGCGCCGUGCACACGCAGGAGAAGAGCUUCCAGUGCACGCAAUGCGGAAAGACGUUCAAGAGGUCGUCCACUCUGUCGACGCAUCUCCUCAUCCACAGCGACACCAGACCCUACCCGUGUCCGUACUGCGGCAAGAGAUUCCACCAGAAGUCAGACAUGAAGAAACACACGUACAUUCAUACAGGUGAGAAACCUUAUAAAUGCAGCCAUUGCGGCAAGGCGUUCAGCCAGUCGUCCAACCUCAUCACCCACUGCCGGAAACACACGGGCUUCAAGCCGUUCUCCUGUAAGAAGUGCACCAGGGCCUUUCAGCGGAAAGUCGACCUCAGGCGCCACGUGGAGACACAGCACGCAGAGGACAAGCAGGAGCCUGCCAGCCAAACACAGGAGCACAGGACGGAGUCUCCACUGAUGUCACCCAUGACGUCACCCAUGACGUCACCAACUUCUUCGUCGCUCUCUUCGCCAAUCAGCCCGCCUGUCUCUUCUCAUUUGUCACCGAUAUCCCAGAACUCUGCUCACAUCCCGCACUUCAUGUCACAGCCUCAGCGAUUGGCUGAACACAUAGCUCUGCGUUCAUAACCACCCUGCGGGGGUUUAUUUAUUUAUUUAGUAUUCGAUUUUAUUCGAUUUUUAUCCGUUACCCCCACCCACUCUCCAUCAUGGAAGAAGAACAGUGGAAAAGUUGUCAAGUUAAUAUACAAUUGUGAAUACACAACAAAACGAAAAUGUGAAUAGAGUGUGAAUAUAAAUGAAGACUCAAACAAACAGAAUUUAAUUGUGAAUACACAAUAACAAUGUAAUUAUAACAAAAAGUGCAGUGUUCGGAGUGAUGGGGUUUCUUCUUCUUUUUCUUCUCUCUUUUACGGUCGGACUUGUCUACGGAGUGUCUUAUGUACACAGGUGGUUGUAAAACAAGAUGUGCUUCAUAAUAGGUUCGACUACUGUUUUUUGGACAUUCUAGUGAUAGGGUAGGGGUGGGUAAUUUUUUCUACUAAAUUUGAUCGAACACAUUUUAGUUUCCAGUGAUUUGUAGUGGAUUCAAGAGCAUAGUGAAUUAUCAUUACCAUUUUAACAUUGUACCCUAGUCAGUAAAUGCACAUUGUUAUCUUACCAGCCAUACAUUUAUCUCCUGAUGAAUUUUAACAAAUUGUUUAAAGGGACAUUUGUGUUUUUAUAGCUUAUUUUCGGCUAAUAGAGUCAUUGAAAUUACACAUGAAGCU